ACCGAACUACCCAAAUUCUUUGACGCCCUGGAGCCCUGUGAGAAUCUCAUGACGUGUACGGCACGUGGCAUGGAGGACACACAAGCAUAUGUGGUAGUCAGACUGCAAGGCUCUCCCAUGGCACAUCUGAUCAUUAACGCCGUAUGGAUCCUCUCCCUUGGACAGACAUUUCAGGCAGACCUUGGGAACUCAUCUGUAGUAUAAAGCAAUAGAGGGCAUUUGUUUGGCCUCUCAGGUGUACAUUUGCCUUCCAUUGAGCCAUUGGCAUUGUCUUCACCAGCUCCCCGGCUAUCCAGCGGUAGAGGUGUGCUGAGCACCAGCAGGGACACUUAGCCUGUUUAUGCCUGCUGCGAGCGGAAGUCCAUAGAGCCAAUGCAGCCAGCUCACUUUUCCUACCGCUUGAUAUAUUAACUUUAUCUUGGCGCUGCCACUCUUCACUCAUCAAGUAGGCGCUUAGUGACAUCAGUUUGAUGAGCCAACUACGUCUUACUCCCUUUCUCAUGAAUCACAAUGCGCGGAUAUUGCCUAGCAUCUGAAGGGCCUAGGGGUGCAUCUUUCACCGGGCUACCGCGCCUGCUCUCACUCAGCGCACCCCCCUGGAUGCAAUUGGAGGCUUCACACGUACGUACUUGCUACGCAGAUUUGCCUAGCACUCUACCUAAACAAAACUUCUAUUUAUACAUCGG